UCUGCUUCCGCUACGGGGCCUGGCAGGGGCCAGACUUGGCCGUUCUCGCGUCUGACCGGCCCGCUGUGGCCGCUCCGCGGGAGCUUUGCCCCGGCGCCUCGGUGCGCUCGGCCAACGGCCUCUGAGAGCGCUCACCCGAGCGCCCGAGAGCCGGCGGGCGGCGGCCCUCUCCGGGGACUGUCCAGCGGGCCCAGGGGACAAAAGUGGCUCUAAAUCCAGCACAUGCACAUUGAGGCAAGUUAAGGAUUUAAUAUGAAGCGCAGAAGCAGAUAGUACCAAGUAGCAAGAAGUAGUUGGUUCUCAUUUCUGGAAAAGAAGUGUCCGUGUUGUUAUGUACACCUCCAAAAAAAAAAAAAAAGUUCAGAUCUGUAGGGGAAUUGUUGUGUAAAGUAAACUGAACUACAGGGUAGAAGUGUUUUAAUAGCUAUUGUAGACGUGUAUUUACUAUAUUAAAAUGAGUAAAAGAACAAGCAGUGACACACCAAUAGGAAGCAUUUUGUAUUUUGGGGCAGCACUCUUUCUACUGUAUUUCCCUGGAAUCAUGGAUCCCUCUUCAAUUUAAAAGGGUGAGUGGAGCAGCAUUUCCUUCUCCCACUGCUGCUGAGAUGGCAGAAAUUAGUCGAAUUCAGUAUGAAAUGGAAUACACCGAAGGUAUUAGUCAGCGAAUGAGGGUCCCAGAAAAAUUAAAAGUAGCACCACCAAAUACUGACCUGGAACAAGGAUUCCAAGAAGGAGUUCCAAAUGCUAGUGUGAUAAUGCAGGUUCCAGAGAGGAUUGUUGUAGCAGGAAAUAAUGAAGAUGUUUCAUUUUCAAGGCCCGCAGAUCUUGACCUUAUUCAGUCAACUCCCUUCAAACCUCUGGCACUAAAAACACCACCUCGUGUACUUACACUAAGUGAAAGACCACUAGAUUUUCUGGAUUUAGAAAGACCCCUUCCAACCCCUCAAAAUGAAGAAAUUCGUGCAGUUGGCAGGCUAAAAAGAGAGCGUUCUAUGAGUGAAAAUGCUGUUCGCCAAAAUGGACAGCUGGUCAGAAAUGAUUCCAUGUGGCACAGAUCAGAUUCUGCCCCAAGAAAUAAAAUUUCAAGGUUCCAGGCAUCGAUUUCUGCACCGGAAUACACUGUGACACCGUCGCCACCACAGACUCGGGUCUGUCCUCCCCAUAUGUUACCUGAAGAUGGAGCUAAUCUUUCCUCUGCUCGUGGCAUUUUGUCGCUUAUCCAGUCUUCUACUCGUAGGGCUUACCAGCAGAUCUUGGAUGUGCUGGAUGAAAAUCGCAGUGUGAGAAGACAAAAUGAAAUACGUUGUGAAAGACCUGUGUUGCGUGGUGGGUCUGCUGCCGCCACUUCUAAUCCUCAUCAUGACAACGUCAGGUAUGGCAUUUCAAAUAUAGAUGCAACAAUUGAAGGAACGUCAGAUGACAUGACUGUUGUAGAUGCAGCUUCAUUAAGACGACAGAUAAUCAAGCUAAAUAGACGUCUACAACUUCUAGAAGAGGAGAACAAAGAACGUGCAAAAAGAGAAAUGGUCAUGUAUUCAAUUACUGUAGCAUUCUGGCUGCUUAAUAGCUGGCUCUGGUUUCGCCGCUAGAGGUAACUUCAUUGAAAUAUAUUGUCUCAACAGCUGGAAAUAUAAAGGAUUUGCAAACUUCUUUGUUUCCGUCUUUGCAUUGUAUGCCGUUUUUUGGUCCAUGCCCUGAAAAUGGAUUUCUUCCAGAGAGCAGGAAGAAGGACAUAUUUGUAGAAGUAAAGGUAUAUAGUCUGUUACUCAGCUGUAUCACUUUAAAGCAAUUCUGCAGUAACACCUACGUAAAAUUCUCCUUUUUGCAUGCUUUGUAAAUAGGCUCUAGGGGUUUUGUUUUGUUUCCUUUUAAGAAAUUGAUUUUUUUGCCUCAUCAGGCUACUCAACUAAUUUUCUGAAAGGAAGAGCGGGUGCUGAGAGAAUGGAUUUAAAAAAGUAUUUGUGCAAGAAACAGCGCUUUGUCCUGUUUCUUGGACACUGUUCAACAGUUUUGUUAAUAGACAUUUUUGCAUCCACAUUUCAACAUUAACAUUUUGAAUUCCUGGUCUGAUGCCAGAUUUAAGAAAUCAAACCACCUAAUCUUCAUGAUCACCUGUACAUACUAAAUUAAAAUAACUCCUAAUAAUUUAGCAGUCCUUCUGUGUGCAGUAUGUGUGUUCCUUCAUUUUGAUUUUGCAGAUGAUUUUCUAUAAAGUACAUUUUUACUAAGUCCAUGUGUGAAUUUGAAAAACUGCAGAAUGAGGUACAAAUGUAGUGUUAUUUAAUAAACUGUCAACCAAGUAAUAUUUGUCUAUGGAAAGAUUUAUUUCAUCUUAUUGUGCAAAGCACUAAGUAUCAUUUUACCUUAUCUGAGUCUUUCUAUCUCAAGAGCAAGUAAUGCAGUUAAAGGCCUGACAGGCCACAAGCACCUGCUGUGCUUUCUUUCAGAUCUGUAUCCUGGAAGUGGUGGGCACUGGCUCCAUUGUAGGUGGCUUUCUGAUUUAUUUGCCUCUUAGAAAGUGGUUCGUAUUAAAAACCUUGAGUUGUAUAUCAUUUUUCCAUUGUAUUAUAUACUUGCUAAUAUACUAUAUGUCAUGAGAAUUAAAUACACCAAUGAAACCCAAGUCCUGGGUAUCUUUAUUUCUCAAAACUAUUCUUUGUUGUUGUUAUUGUUCAAAAAUGGGUGGAAUUCAGUUGGGUGCAAUAUCCUUCACACAUCUUCAGUUGUCUUUCUACCAAGGCAGUGAGGGAAAAGUAGCUGAGGGAGAUUCCUUAGAUGUAAUGGACCCAUGACGUCCAUGGGCAUAUGGUUCCAAGGAAACCAUCAUUGAAGAGAACUGCGGAUGCUCAUGAUGCAGAGUUCAGGACUCUGGUUUGGUUUGGUUUGUUUUUUGUGGUACAGGGGUUUGAGCUCAGAGCUUCAUGCUUGCUCGGCAGACACUCUGCCUUUUGAGCAACUCCACCAACCUGAGUUCAUUACUCUAAAAUCACUAAAAUGUGCCAUAAGUCUGAACCUCCAUAACUUGAAACUGCAAGAAGUAGGCUACAUUGCUGUCGCAGAGAUUAUUGUUCAUGUGGUUGCUGCUUGCCAAAACCCAGAUUUUAUUUCAUACUCUUUAUCUUGGAUACUGCAGGUGCUUGAUUAACUUUUCCCUUAAUGCCACCCAACUUCCUCUGAAGACAUGCUGCCUUUGAACAAAUUUUAAAUUGUCAUUUAUUAUUUAAAUUAAGGACAUUAUGUGCCCUUCUUGGCUUGGGAGGAUUAUCAUAACUUAAACAUUGCUUUUUGGGAAGUGUAUUUUCACAAAAUUAAGGGCAGGGAAACACAUCAAGUGAUGAUAAUGUGGGACUCUGAGAGCUUUUCCACAUCAACUGAGCUGCAUAAUGCAUGCACAGGGAUUUAAAUUUUUUGGUUUUGAGGUUAUUUAUUUAUUUAUUAGCAUGCUUGGCCACCACCUUGUAUGAUAAAUCCUCAAAUAAGGCUUACUCUACAGGUGGAUUUCAUGUUUCUGUUCUUGCUCCUCAUUUUCCAAAAUAUAUUAGGAGCAAGAUUCUUUUGGGGUUUGUCAUGGUUCAACCCAUGCAGCUAAGCCCACCUAAUUUUUGACAAAGGUGCCACAAACAGUGUAGAAAACCCUUUUCAACAAAUGUUUCUGGGAAAACUGAAACUAGAUCCAUGUUUGUCAC